AUGGAAGGGGCGGGAGUGAGGAUAUGUCGCACGGUUGGCACCCACGAGUUGCGCAACCUGGACCCCUACCUGAUGCUCGACGAGCUGCGGCUCCCGGCCAGCGAGGCCACGGCGGGGUUUCCGGACCAUCCCCAUCGCGGCUUCGAGACGUGCUCCAUCAUGAUCUCGGGCAAGAUGGAGCACAGGGACUCCGCGGGCAACCACGGCGUGAUCGGCCCCGGCGGCGUGCAGUGGAUGACCGCCGGGCGCGGCAUCGUGCACUCCGAGAUGCCCAAGGUCACCAGCGGCGACCUGUGGGGCUUCCAGCUCUGGAUCAAUCUCCCCCAAAAGGACAAAUUCGUGAAGCCUCGGUACCAGGACUACCAGGCCGAAGAGAUCCCGGUGGUGGAGAAGGGCGGCCUGACCGUGAGGGUGAUGGCGGGGGAAUCCUACGGCGCCACGGGGCCGAUCCAGAUGCGGAAUCCCGGGAUGCUGCUGGACGUGCAGUUGGCGCCGGGGGCGGAGUUCAGUCAGCCCAUCCCCAGCGAGUGGAGCGGCUUCGCCUACGUGUGCGACGGCUCGGGCACGAUCAGCGGGACCCGGGGGUCCAGGAGGCAGGCGCUGGUGUUCGGGCCCGGGGACCACGUGCAGGCGGCAGCGGACGCCGGGGAGAGCAUGCGCUUCCUGCUGGUGGCCGGCAGGCCCAUCAACGAGCCCAUCGUGCAGCACGGACCCUUCGUCAUGAACACGCAGGAGGAGAUCCGCCAGGCGUUCGUGGACUACCAGACGGGCAAGCUGCAGAACCCGGAGGACAACCCCUGGGAAAGUUGA